CCAGGCUUGGCUGUGUUCGGCCUCAGGAACUGCAGCGACGGCCGGGGCGGGGCUCGAGUUGAGGCUCAGGUGGCAGGUGUGCGACCCGGUCGGUGGACGUCGCGGGCCAGGGCAGUAGGACGAGCAUCUGGAGCCGGGUCACAGUCCGCGAAGUCUGGACCAGGCGGCGGCGCUGCUGAAGGGCUCGGACGCCGGGCCCGGCGAGAUCGAGGACGGCGGGACAGCUGUGCGCGGGCGCCGCGGGCCGGGGCACGCCAGGUGAUGAAUUUGGAUGUACUUCUUUGAAGAAAUGCCACGCGUUUCAACUGGUCCAAGAGCAAACAUGUUCAGACUACUACCACCACCUUAGGGGACUAGGGCUUGGUGGUAGUGCUUCCCAGGGAAUCAGGUGUGGUCUGAUCCAGGAACAGGAAGUCCGUCUUUGCCAAUGACAUCAUGACAGCUAGAGAGCACAGCCCUCGCCAUGGCUCACGGGCCCGUGCGAUGCAACGGGCUUCCACCAUUGAUGUGGCAGCCGACAUGGUUGGCCUCUCUCUUGCAGGAAAUAUACAAGAUCCAGAUGAGCCCAUUUUGGAAUUCAGCUUAGCUUGCAGUGAGUUGCACACUCCAUCGCUAGAUCGCAAACCAAAUAGUUUUGUAGCAGUGAGUGUAACCACCCCUCCUCAGGCCUUCUGGACAAAGCAUGCACAGACGGAGAUCAUUGAGGGUACCAACAAUCCUAUAUUUCUAAGCAGUAUUGCCUUCUUUCAGGACUCUCUUAUCAAUCAGAUGACACAAAUCAAACUCUCUGUGUAUGAUGUCAAAGAUAGAUCUCAGGGAACAAUGUAUUUACUGGGCUCUGGAACAUUUGUUGUCAAAGAUCUGCUCCAGGACAGGCAUCAUAGGUUGCAUUUAACACUAAGGUCUGCAGAAAGUGACCGUGUGGGUAACAUCACUGUGAUCGGCUGGCAGAUGGAGGAGAAAUCAGACCAGCGGCCCCCUGUGACCCGGUCUUUAGACACCGUGAAUGGGAGGAUGGUUCUGCCUGUUGAUGAGAGCUUGACUGAGGCAUUGGGAAUCCGAUCCAAAUACGCUUCUUUGAGAAAAGACUCUUUACUGAAGUCAGUGUUUGGCGGGGCCAUCUGCCGCAUGUACCGAUUCCCAACCACUGAUGGCAACCAUCUUCGGAUCCUGGAGCAGAUGGCAGAAAGCAUACUCUCCCUGCAUGUGCCCCGGCAGUUCGUGAAGCUCCUCCUGGAAGAAGAUGCAGCCAGAGUGUGCGAGCUGGAGGAGCUGGGGGAGCUGUCCCCUUGCUGGGAGAGCCUGCGGCGCCAAAUUGUCACUCAGUACCAGACGAUCAUCCUCACGUACCAGGAGAACCUGACUGACCUGCAUCAGUACAAAGGUCCCUCGUUUAAAGCAAGCAGUUUGAAAGCAGAUAAAAAAUUAGAGUUUGUUCCCACAAAUUUGCACAUACAAAGGAUGAGAGUUCAAGACGAUGGAGGAUCGGAUCAGAACUAUGACGUCGUCACCAUUGGAGCACCAGCAGCACACUGCCAAGGUUUUAAGUCAGGAGGUCUCCGCAAAAAGCUGCACAAAUUUGAAGAGACCAAGAAACAUACAUCAUCUGGCUGCCAGUCUAUCAUCUACAUACCACAGGACAUCAUCAGAGCCAAGGAGAUCAUUGCCCAGAUUAACACCUUGAAAACCCAAGUGAGCUACUAUGCAGAGCGGCUCUCGAGAGCAGCCAAGGACAGGUCUGCCACAGGCCUGGAAAGGACACUCGCCAUCUUGGCAGACAAGACCCGGCAGCUGGUCACGGUGUGUGACUGUAAGCUGCUGGCCAACUCCAUCCAUGGACUGAACGCCGCACGGCCUGACUACAUUGCCUCGAAGGCCUCCCCGACUUCGACCGAGGAGGAGCAGGUGAUGCUUAGGAAUGACCAGGACACCCUCAUGGCCAGGUGGACAGGCAGGAACAGCCGGUCUUCUCUGCAGGUGGAUUGGCAUGAGGAGGAGUGGGAGAAAGUGUGGCUGAAUGUUGACAAGAGCCUGGAGUGCAUCAUUCAGCGGGUGGACAAGUUGCUGCAGAAGGAGCGCCUGCAAGAUGAGGGCUGUGAGGAUGUCUUCCCCUCCGCCGGAAGCUUCCCCAACAAGAAAGGUAACCGAGACAGCCACGCCUACUGGAUCAGACCGGAGGACCCCUUCUGCGAUGUCCCCUCCUCACCAUGCCCCUCCACCAUGCCCUCUGCUGCAUGCCAUCCUCACCCAACCACACAUUGCAGCCCCCCUCCUGAAGAGUCCAGCGCAGGUGAAUGGAGCGAGGCCCUGUACCCUCUGCUGACCACCCUCACAGACUGUGUGGCCAUGAUGAGUGACAAGGCCAAGAAGGCAAUGGUCUUCCUGCUCAUGCAGGACAGUGCUCCCACCAUAGCCACGUACCUGAGCCUGCAGUACCGCCGUGACGUGGUCUUCUGCCAAACGCUGACGGCCCUCAUCUGCGGCUUCAUCAUCAAGCUGCGGAACUGCCUGCAUGACGACGGCUUCCUGCGGCAGCUCUACACCAUCGGGUUGCUCGCCCAGUUCGAAAGCCUGCUGAGCACCUACGGUGAGGAGUUGGCCAUGCUGGAGGAUAUGAGCCUUGGAAUCAUGGACUUGAGGAAUGUGACCUUUAAAGUCACGCAGGCCACUUCUAAUGCAUCAACUGACAUGCUGCCCGUCAUCACUGGAAACCGCGAUGGGUUUAACGUGCGGAUCCCUCUCCCUGGACCCCUGUUUGACUCCCUGCCCCGGGAGAUCCAGAGCGGCAUGCUGCUGCGGGUGCAGCCCGUCCUCUUCAACGUGGGCAUCAAUGAGCAGCAGACGCUGGCCGAGAGGUUUGGCGACACAUCGUUACAAGAAGUUAUCAACGUGGAGAGUCUGGUGCGCUUAAAUUCCUACUUUGAGCAGUUUAAGGAAGUUUUGCCUGAGGAUUGUCUACCUCGCUCCCGGAGCCAGACGUGCCUGCCUGAGCUGCUGCGAUUUCUGGGUCAGAACGUGCAUGCCAGGAAGAAUAAGAAUGUGGAUAUUCUCUGGCAGGCUGCUGAGAUCUGCCGCCGGCUUAAUGGGGUUCGGUUCACCAGCUGCAAGAGCGCCAAGGACCGCACAGCCAUGUCUGUGACGCUGGAGCAGUGCCUGAUCCUGCAGCACGAGCACGGCAUGGCCCCACAGGUGUUCACCCAGGCCCUGGAGUGCAUGCGCAGCAUUGGAACACGGGAGGUAGUCACCCAGAAGAACUUGAGCGGCCUGGUGCCCAUCCGAGACUUAAGACUAGACCCCAGCCUCCUCUGUUCCAUACCUUUAUUAGCGCUGAGCCCCAAUUUACUGAUUGUGUGGCUUUUCCUGAGCAUAGCAUACCUGGUGACCAAAUUGCGUUGUAAAUGAAUAUAUUAUGAAAAAUUAAUUAAGUCACAAGAAAAAUAAAAGUGCCAGAAUAUGUGUACCUAACUGGACAGAAGGAAUGUGUCAAAGCGUGGUCUACCAAGAAAUAUUUCAUGCCUUACAGUCUGACGUUUUGUUGUUCUGAACUGUAAACACCUGCCAAAUUAUUUCACCAAGAGGACUUGUUUAUUUAAAUUCUGUAGAAUUUUCAGUGCUUGUAACAUGUUCUUACAGUGCCUGUUACUGCAUUGUUUAGCUGGCCUAGAGUUACUUGUACCAAAUCUCUUACCUUCUGAUGUAAAACUAUUUAUUUCCUGUAUAUCUCAUGUGCCCUGUUUCCCAGAGAAAAGAAUUCUGUCUGAAAAGAAUUUGUAUAUUUGAUACUAUUCUUUAAAUGUGUUGCUAACCAUUUCCUUAUCUUCUGAAGAGAAGUGAAAAGGGUAAUUGCUUCCUAACUGACUCAUCUAGAUCAACCUAUUUAAUAGGACCUGUACCUUCUACUUCCAUUUCAAAGCAUAGUCUCUUCAAUCACAGUAGCAAGCAGCUUGCAGAAUCAUAACAUUUCCUCGCUUAUGUUUAUUAUUUGCAGUUUGGGAUGACUUAAAGCUAUGAAUACACUGGCACAUUAUUACCAUGUCAGGCACAUGAAAAUAACAUAUUGCAUGCAACUUUCCAUUUAUGCUUUUAACUCUUUAAAAAUCUUUAAACUGACUAUGGGAAUUAAUAUAUAUAAUAACAAAAGGCUGUUAAAGUUAUAUACAUUAAUUUUUCUUAAACUAGUAUUUUUCGUUUAAAAAUUAUAACUUUGAUUUCAGAUUAAAGCACAGAUAAAUUUUCUCGCUUACAAAUCCAAUGUGGUUAAUAACAACAAAAAAGAAAAAUCCUAAAAAGCCUAACUUUUGGGCAGUUGUUCUAGAUGGUGAUGGUUGCUUUGGUUUCUGCUAUUAUCACUCUUAACAUGGCAGUGUCCAUAAAAAGGAAGAUUUGUAACCUUAACAUUAAUAUGUGGCAGAAAUGUAAUUGUAUACCUAUUUAUGUGUAUUUUUAAGGAUAUAUUGGGGAAAUGUCACAGACUGUGUAUAAGCAGUAGUCAGUGGCGCCUUUGUUUAAAUUAAUGCUGUGCUCCUGUUUUUGAUUUACAGUUAGUCCCCCAGACACUGUGUUUUGUGAAAGCGGUUUUUUUUGUUUUGUUUUGUUAUGUUUUGUUUUAGCACCAAUCUAGAAAAACUGGAGUAAAUUUAGAGAAGCUUCCUGGAAACUUUAUAUCCAUGUGUAUACAUAGUUAGUUCUCCAGAAAACAUGGCUUCUCAAAUUUUUCUCCAGCAUUUCCAGAACUCACUCUGGGAUGUCUCUGGUGUGGCACAAGAGCCAGUUCAAGGAUGCCAGUUCAAUUCCAGGUUCAAAGAAUUGUUGAAGCAGUUAAAAAUGAACAGUUUAGUCAAGAUUCAGACUUUCAAUUCUAAAACCUCUGACACACCCUUUUUUCAUAGCCCUCCUGAGCAUGCAGGUGCCCUAGGACGAGUCUCAUGCCUGUUGAUGAGUCUACUCUUCUCACAAGGGCAGUAUGGUCACUUUCUCUUUUCUAGAAUAAGUGAGGAAGCUGUUCUUUGGGACAGCUCCCAGCAUCCUUCAGGAGGGAAUCUCUCACCAAGUCCCAAGUGGUUCAUGGUGUUGUUACAGUAAGAGGUCACUCGGCAGCAUCCUGCCUCGUCUGUGAGCCUUUGAAAGGGACAUUCACCUCCACCUCGUUUCAACUGGAGCUGCACUAUCAGUUUUCCAAGCCCAUUUUGUUUAAAUGUACUUGAAAGAAGAAAGGUAGGCCACAGUCCAUUCAGUUCCCAGUCCAUAGCCUCUCAGCUCCUGCUCUGGUGAAGCGCUCCUGAUGCCCCUUGCUGGUGGCCCCUACUGACCCCUGGGGAGGGACACCUGUUUGGGUGAGCAGAGACCAGGCAUAGAGGCAGAAGGCCCUUCUGACUACAGAGGUACCCCUCAUCUCCAGAGAUCCUCCUCCCAGCACCCACAGCAUGGACAGGAGGAUCACCAGCUAGAGCAGCACCCCAGAGGGGGCUGAACACACAUCAAAGCCGGUUCCUGGACUGACAUGGUGCCAGCCAGGCCUUCUACACAUUUGCCAACUUGAGAGAAAAAUGUAGAAAGAAAGAGGAUGUUUCUUUGCUUUUCUUUUCAGGGUUGAGUUAAAAGACAGUGUAUUCUGCCUGAAGUAAUGAGGACUAGCCAUCAGAAAGGACACCGUGAGAUCAGCCCAGGCUGUUGUUUUUCUUUAGUAUAUCUGAGAAAAGAAACUCAAUAUGCUUGCCCUUUAUGCUGAUUUUGUGAGUAAAAGGCUUUGUCACUAUCAGCUUUUACUCAUUAAAGCUGGCUAACUUUAUGUUCAGAUCUUUUCUGCUUUAGUGAGAAAUAGGUAGGAUAGUAGGCUACAGGCUGAGCAUAGCUAUUUAGCAAUGCUCCCUCCAUCGCCUCUAGGCUGAAAGUUAGUGCUGAGGCACUGUCAGUGGCAGGCAAAUCUACAUGGCAUCCCUGGGAUGUUGAUGCAUCCAGGCGAAUUCCAAAAUGGACGAUCCCCCGGGAAAGCAAACGAGAGGUUUCCCUGGAGUUAGCCUUUUUGAGUUUCCAAUUCAAAAAUAGAUGUCCUUGAAAAAAAUGAUUAUAUGUGGCUUUGAAAUAAUUAGGUCCCUCUUUCUAAAAUCUACCCAAAAGGAUUGGAUAGGUUUAUGUGUUGUUAGCGCCUUCUAAGGAUUAUGCAGACCACGCGAUCCGUGUAGGUGUUCUGCUUUAGGACCGGAGGCUGAACUGCCGCAGCAGGUGCCAGUUCCAAGGCGUGCCCGCCCCUCCCCACACCAUGCUCCCAGGCAUGGGGUGCCAGAGCUGACCGUCACAUGCAGACCAUGCAAACCCACGAUCCUGUCAGCACAGUCAGAGUGUGUAACUUCAAACCAAAUUCAGGCAUUUGAAGAAAAAUAAAUACAUUUGGAUUUUAAAAUUAAGUUGGAAGUGUUAUCUUGCUAAUUUCUUGUAUGUGUUUUCAGCCAGCUAAACCAAUAGUUUCUUUAACAUGUCAAUAAAAUGUAAUGUCAAAGUCCACAAAUUAUUCUUCUUUGCUCUUCAAGGCAGGUUGGCAUUUAGUAGUGAUAGGUGGUUUUUGAGAAGUAUGUAUAUUGCUAAAUAAAUGCAGAGGCCAUAUCUGAAAUAGGACUGUAAUGUAAGAGCUUGGCAAAGGUUAAGGGAGAUCCAUUGUGUAUAGAAACUUAUAGUUUCUGCUUUAAAUAGAAUUAUAUUUUUCUCUGGUUCUUGAGUGUUAGUCAAAGAUAAUCAUUACUUGAUUCAGGGGUUCUUUGCUUAUUCAGUCUAGGCACUCAGCUCAAAUAACGCAUCUGGCGAAGGACUUGAGGCUGGUGGCAGGAAGCCUGUCUGAGCUACUAAGUCAGUUAAUAAUAAGCAGGUGGAUACUUUUUUAAAUUACCUGAGCUUAUCUUUGGAAUAAAAUUACUGUCUUACCAAAAAUAUUUUACAUGUUCUUGAUAACGAAACUGUCAUUUUCACUUUAAAAGGCUUGAGCAAUUGCCAC